CUCUCUUUUAUCAAAAAUGGAGGCUGAGAAUUUGAUGAACCUUUCUCUUCUCCAUCGUAGAAACGUUUCACAAAACCUAGACUUAGAGCUCGUCUCUGCUGUUAACAAAUCCUCAGAUGAUCCUCUCCCAUAUUACACCUCCCUCAAAGAUCUUCUCCCAUCCUCCUCUACCACCGUCGAUUCCCCUGCCGUCACCUAUGCUGCAUCAGGUCCCACCAUCAGGAUCCGCAACCGUCUUGUAAAGCAAGCCGCUUGUGCUUACCUUCAGCCUUCUACUCCAACUCCCUCCUCCAACCCUUCGUUCCUCCGCCGUGUCUCCUCCUCUUUCAUCCGCCUCUUCUCCGCCUUAUUUGAUUCACUCCUCCGCAUGUUCCCAUCUCCUCGGAAAAUUUUUAGAGCUUAGCGAUUGACAUACAACCGAGAGAAUUAUGAAACAAUUAUUGCAUAAUCUCUGUUUUCUUUUUCAUGUAUGAUUCAAUAUAUUUAUUCUUUUACUCUAAAACAAAUCGUGAAGAUUUUUGAGGUUCACGUUUACAUAAGACGCCUCAGCUUGGAAGUGGCGCGAGGCACUCCAUGAUCGAUGCUUUACUCAGUUACCUUUUCACCCGUAUACGUUCGGCUAUUCAAACGGACAAAAGAAAGGCGCCA